AAGGGACCUUCGGCUUUAGGACUACCAACCAGACUCCCAGCAAUCAUGUUGGUAGGGUCUCUGUCUUUCUCACCUGGAGGACCCAAUGGGGUCAUUAGAAGCCAGUCUUUAGCAAGGUUCAGUGGCCUUCAGGAAAGACGAUCCAGGUGUAACUCCUUCAUUGAAAAUACCUCUGCUGUCAAGAAGCCUCAGGCCAAACUCAAGAAAAUGCACAAUUUAGGACACAAAAACAACAGCACUCCCAAAGAACCUCAACCUAAAAGGGUGGAAGAGGUCUAUAGGGCCUUGAAGCAUGGACUUGAUGAGUAUCUGGAGGUUCACCAGAAGGAGCUGGACAAGUUGACAGCUCAGUUAAAAGAUAUGAGAAGAAACUCUUGCCUGGGUGUGCAGUAUGACCUAGACAAGCAAAUUAAAACAAUCAAAAAGUACAUGCGACGCCUGGAGUUUCACAUUAGUAAGGUAGAUGAACUCUGUGAAGCUUAUUGUAUCCAAAGACGCCUCCAGGAUGGAGCCAGCAAAAUGAAGCAAGCCUUUGCCACGUCCCCUGCCAGCAAAGCUGCUCGUGAGAGCCUCUCUGAGAUCAACCGGAGCUACAAAGAGUACACAGAGAACAUGUGCACCAUUGAAGCAGAGCUGGAGAGUCUGCUGGGGGAGUUCUCUAUCAGGAUGAAAGGUUUGGCUGGCUUUGCUCGUCUCUGCCCUGGAGAUCAAUAUGAAAUUUUCAUGAAGUAUGGCCGACAAAGGUGGAAACUGAAAGGCAAAAUAGAAGUCAAUGGCAAACAGAGCUGGGAUGGAGAAGAAAUGGUCUUCCUGCCCCUGAUAGUCGGAUUGAUUUCCAUCAAGGUCACAGAGCUCAAGGGGUUGGCAACGCACCUCCUGGUGGGCAGUGUGACCUGUGAAACCAAAGAGCUGUUUGCAGCUCAUCCUCAGGUGGUAGCUGUUGACAUCAAUGACCUUGGCACCGUCAAACUGAACCUGAAAAUCACCUGGUAUCCCUUCGAUGUGGAGGACAUGACUCCUACUUCGGGCACUGGGAACAAGGCGGCUGCCCUUCUGCGGAGAAUGUCCAUGUUCAGCCAGGGCACCCCGGAAACGCCCACCUUCAAAGAUCAUUCUUUCUUUUCUAAUCUACCUGAUGACAUCUUUGAGAACGGAAAGGCAGCUAAGGAGAAAACGCCACUAUCCCUCAGCUUUAGCGACCUACCCAAUGGGGACUGCGCCCUACCCUCCAACUCUGUGGCCUCUCCCCCCAAGACUUGCCCAGCUCACCCAGAAAUUACUAUCACCCCUGCGGAGCUCAAUGACAGCAGCCUGUUCUCCCAGAAUGAAGGCGCAGAUGACAGCAGCUCAGCAUCUUCCAGAAGCUCCUCGGCAGAAGGCCAGGAGCCAAAGUCAAACGUGGAGGAACACAGAAAACGCGAGAAGGCUGCCUCGACCACUUCUGAGGGCCACCAGCCACCCGCAGGCGCUGAGCCUGACCACCUGUUCAUUGAGAAUGAUGUUGCAGAGGCUCUUCUGCAAGCAUCCGAUGAGGCCUCUGAACUCAAGCCUGUGGAACUGCACACCUUUGAAGGCAACAUCACGAAGCAGCUGGUCAAGAGGCUGACCUCCUCAGAGGUGCCCGUGGUCACGGAACGGCUGCUCUUUGAAGGCUCUGUCAGUGGGGAAUCCGAAGGCUGUAGAUCCUUUCUAGACGGGAGCUUAGAGGAUGACUUGCCGUGUUCAAUCCACCACAACCUCCUCUUGAAUAUUUGGAAGUACUUUUCCCUGUCGUGA